GCUUAAUUUCUCCGCGGCGAAUCCACGGUCUUCGGGCUGGUCUGGAGGGGUCGCGUUCAUACGAGCUGCCGUCCACCAACACUUGUUUGCAUCCGAAAUGUCCAAUACAUUAAAACCAUACCUUAGUGCUGUCAGAGCCUCCCUGACAGCUGCGCUCGCUUUGGAACAUUUCUCGUCGCAAAUCAUUGAACGUCAGAGCCUUCCCGAGGUUGAGGUUGCGAAGACUCGUGAAGUAUUGUUAAAACCUUUGGUUAUAUCGAGAAAUGAGCAAGAACAGUGUCUUAUUGAGAGCUCUAUAAACAGUACACGUUUCAGCGUUCGGAUCAAACAGGUUGAUGAGAUUGAACAUAUUUUGGUGCACAAAUUUAUGCAAUUCCUAAUGGGAAGAGCUGAGUCUUUCUUUAUUCUUCGUAGAAAGCCUGUUCCGGGUUAUGACAUUUCAUUCCUUAUUACAAACUACCACACCCAAGACAUGCUGAAGCACAAGCUUGUUGAUUUCAUUAUUGAGUUUAUGCAAGAUGUUGAUGCCGAAAUUAGCGAAAUAAAGCUUUUCUUGAACGGUCGUGCUCGUCUCAUCGCAGAAACGUAUUUAAGCACUUUCCAAUGAAAACAUGAAUGAAAUGUCCCUCCAUAUUUUUACAGAUAUUCAAAGGAAGGGAUUUGUCUGAGAACAUACGAUGACGACCUGUAAUAAUAGUCAAAAAGCCUAUCGUUUUUGCAACACGAGUGUAAUUUCAGCUGCUUCGGUAAACGUGUUGAGUGUGUCUAACGGUAAGCGAAAAGUUUUUAGUGAGAAGUGAUACAAGUAGACUUAAUGGUUUUUCUCGUAUGUGAUUUAGACUUGUGUGACAUUGCCUAGCCUCGGCGAUUGUCCUUACUAUUGCGGAUUAUUGCUGUUAAGUGUUAUGUUCUGUACGUCGUUUUGUGUGCGCUUGUAUUUGUAAAUGAAUAAUACUUGACCGGUUUUGUAGAACAAAAAUGUGACCGGUCAUUGACCGUGUAAAGCCUAACAAAUUCCCUAAAACUUAAUCAGUAGUACGCAAGAAAGCAUCUCUGGGAU